AUUUGUCAGAUUUUUUUCUUAGGUGGCAUUAAACAAGAUAGAAACUACAGAUGGAGGAGCAGGAUUCUGGGGGAAGAAGUCAGAGGAAAUGCCAGGGCGGAAAGUACAAUUUGGGACAGGUUGAGUUUUGUUGCCGGUUGGAAAUAGCCAGUCUACUUGUGUGUUUAUUCCUCCACCUUAUUCCGAAAAGAUUUAAGUCAUUAAAAGUUCCAAUAGGUAGCAGUCAGAGGGUCAGGGCUAACAGUUAAAGGUGGUAGAAGUGGGUAAGAUUGCCCAAGUGAGAAGAAAAGAGUACCAAAAGGCAGAACACUGUUAAGAAUAGAGUAGAGAGGCUGGUCACCAAAUGAGAGCAGUGGUAUUCUGAAAGCUGAGAGAAGAAAAUUACAAGAAUGUCUCAUGACCCAAAGAAGUUGAACAAGAUCCAAGAGGUGUUCAUUGGACUGACAAUUAGGAAAUGGAAGCAGCGGCAACAGUGCUUAAACUAGUGCUUCUUAGAGCUGAACCAAAGACCAUAAUUCAAAUGGGAAGCUUUGUCUACCAUACUCUCUUUAUUGACGGAAUCACUUACCUAUGUGCCUCAGACAAUGCCUUAGAUACUGUAACACCAUCUGCAUUUCUUAAAAAUGUUAGUGAGACUUUUCUGAGAAAUCCUUUGAUGUCACAAGAACAUUUUUCUCCGUCAAAUGCAGUUGCUACAGAUUUUCAACAAGUAUUAGGAAAGUAUAUGAUGAAAUACAAUAAAAAUCAAGAGGACAGCUUGAUAUCCGCACUGAAGAGUCAAGUAACUGAUGUAAAAAAUGUUAUGACCCAAAAUAUCGAUAAAAUUUUGGAAAGAGAAGAAAGAUUGAAUAUCUUCACUGAUAGAACAGAUGAUCUGCAAACAACUGCCAAAGAAUCCCAAAAAACAAGAAAGAUUCUUGGGAGGAUAUGGUGGAAACACUUCAAAAAGAUUACAGUCAUCACCAUGGCCAUUCUCCUUUCAGUCAUCAUCAUUCUUUUAAGUACAAAUGUAAUACCAACUUGACCCUUCUCCCCAUCCCCAGCAGGUACCAAUAAAUUGUUAUAUGUAAUUAUAGAGUUCUACAACCAACGAUUACAAAAGCCUUCUCUAGUGGUAGGAGGAAUGGAGGAAAAGGGGGUUGGAAGUAUUUCCUUGUCCCUUUAGUGUUCCUUGACUCUUGUCUUUGUACCUCUCCCAUUUCUGUAAUCCCAUUUGUUUUUUUUUUACCACUGCUCCACUACUCUUCUCUUUGUUAAUACUACAAGCACAUACCCUGAAAUCAGACUGCCAAGCUUCAACUCUCCACUCUGCCACAUACCAUAUAGAUGACUUUGGACAAGUUGGUUAACCUUUGACCCUGUUUCCUCAUCUUUAAAAUGGAGCUAAUAAUAAUAAUACCGCAUAGAGUUGUUGUCUACCACAUAGAAAAUGCUAUUUAAGUGUUAACUAUUACUUAAUAGGAAAGAUGAUUGCAUUUAUGGCAUUGAUUAAAUCCCCAUCAUCUUACUGCUUACUCAGAAAUGACCUUAAAAUUCCCUUAGAAAUAAGAAUCCUUACAUGAGUACAGUCCAGAUACACAGUCACCUCUUCUACAUAUUCUUUCAUUUGAAAUGAAAAUUCAAACCAUUGUGUUUUAUACUAGGCAUUUCUUUGGGUAAAGAUUAAAAAAUUAGGAAACUUUAUCAUUUCUCUAAUAAAUCACAG